AUGCCUCGUGGAUCUCGUGGCAACAACAACAACAACGGUGGUGCCUCAUCCCUUGGUGGCGGCCGUCGAGGGCGCAGCAACGACUCCUCAACCCCCUUCUCAUCCUCAUCAUACUCCAACAAAGGCGGCAAACCAGCACCCCGCCGACCCCGCCCCAGCAAUGACGGCCCACGCGGCCUCCACGACGUCUACGACUACGCUCAAGCAUCCACCUCCGCUUCCUCAAAGCAAGAUCGAGGUACUCGUCGUGCUCUUGCAGGCAUGAAGGCAGACGACUACUCUGACCUUCCUUCCAAAGCCAAAGGCAAGCAGCCGAAGCGUCGGCGCAACGAUGACGAUGAGGAGCUCGUAGAUCAAGAGGAUAGCGAUGACAACAGUGAUGCCGGACCCAUUGGUCCCAAAGUAUUCGAUUCCGAUGACGAGCUGAACGCUAGUAUCGAGGGAAGCGAUGAAGAGCUCGACUCGGAUGAGGCAUUUGGCGAGAGCGAUGAGGAGAAGUUCGAUGGUUGGACUUUUGGCCGAGGUAGUAAGAGCAACAAUAAGCGCAAGGGUGGCCAUUCUGAUGACGAGGAGCAAGAUGAAGAUCAGGAUGCGGAUGAGGGCGAAGAUGAAGGAAUGAUGGAUCUUUCUCGAAUGCUUGAUGCUCCUUCCGACUCUGAAGACGAAUCCGAAGCCGAUGCCUCGGAUGACAACGACGACAACGAUCACAGCAGCACCAAACUUGCUCAGCACAUCCAGUCUUACGCUUCCGCCGGCUCAAAGCGUCCCACCACCAGCUCCGAUGAUGACCGGGAGAACUCGGAUGGUGAACCAUCCGCCAAACGCACCCGUCGUUACGUUCUCUCCGAACGCACAGAAGCAAUUCCCGAAACCGAGUUUGCCGCCGCUCAAUCCGGUUCCACUCUCCGUCUCGAAGAUUUCAUGUCUCCCCUCUCUUCCAACAUUGAUUUCGCUGAUGUGCGAAAGAGCACCAAACUCCUCUCCAACCCUAAGUCUUCCUCUUUCACCUCUGCUUCCGCCGCAUCCAAGAAGGGUGGAGGAGCACUCUCCGCACCCCUCCCUUCCGUUGUACAAGACCGACUCGAUCGGUCUGGAGCAUACUCUAUCACUCGCGAUGAGGUUCAAGGCUGGCAACCCACCAUCAACCGUUUGCGCGAUGCAGAACACCUCUCGUUUCCUCUUCAAAAGCCUGCUGUCACAAAGCAAUCUACUUCUGGGCUCGUAGCGACAUUCAACCCUGAUGGCGACAUGGAGUCUUCCAUCGCAGCCAUGCUGACCGAGGGCGGGCUGACAGAGAAGCAGCUGGCUCAGCAGGAAGAUUUGGCGAUGAACAAACUUGAUCCUGAAGAAGCUAGGGCUCGUAGGGACGAGUUGAGGAGAAUGAGGAUGUUGAUGUUCCGUGCAGAGCAAAAGGCGAAGCGGGUUAGCAAGAUCAAGUCUAAAGCCUACCGCAAGAUUCACAGGAAGGAGAAGGAAAGGUUGAAGGCUCAAAUGAAAGAACUUGGCGGCGGGUCUGACGACGAAGGUGUUAUUGGAGAAGUGGACGAGGAGGAAGAAAUGAAAGAGCGACUCAAAGCUGAGCGUGAUCGAGCUAGAGAACGUGCGACGCUCAAGCAUAAGAACACGAGCAAGUGGGCCAAGAACAUUCUCUCUGCUCGUCAUGGAGAGCAUAACCAGGAAGCGAGGAACGAACUCGAUGCGCAGUUGCGAAAGGGCGCUGAAUUGAGGUCAAAGAUUCAAGGUAGGGUGAUUGGGGAGGACUCCGAUCAGUAUUCCUCCGACUACUCCGAGGGGGAAGAUGGGGAAGAUGGGGAAGAGGGUGUGAUAGGAGAUGCAUUCGACGAACUCGCCGCGCUUGAGGCAAAGGAAGAGGCGAAGAGGAGAAAGGACGAGGAAGAAUUCGAGAAAGUCGGUGGAAAGAAAGGUGUAUACAACAUGAAGUUCAUGAAGGAUGCAAGGGAGAGGCAGUAUGCUGCUGUACGAGGCGAGGUGGAUGAUUUUGUGAUGGAGAUGCAACAAUUCCAGGCUGAAGGUGGGAGUGGAAGCGAGAGUGAGGAUCAGGGUGAGAUGGUGAUCCCACGUAAAGAUGCAGAGGGAGGCAGCUCGACCUAUGUUCAGGGAAACAAAGGUCGUGCGCUGUACGGUGGCAAUCCUUCUUCCACCAGCACCGCUACUGCUACUCCUGCUGCCGCUUCACCCGCUAAGAAGGAGUCUGCACCGAAGCCUGCCCCCGCUAAAGCAAAUGCAGGAGUGGAGAUUGGUGGUGAGCCUACCUCAACCAAGCCCAAAUCGAAGAAACCCGCUCUCUCCACCAGUACUGUUGCGGACGUGGACGACGACGCCUCCAACCCAUGGCUAGUGAUCGACUCGAACGGACACUCAACCUCGAAACUCUCUCGCAAGAAGAACGACUCCACUCUUUCCGCCGCUACCAGCACUUCCGCCGCCUCAGUUGCCAAAUCAGCCCUUCGCGCAUCCAAAAACGCCGCCAAAUCAUCCUCCGCUCUCGCUCAGCGUCGAGAAGAUGAAUCCAUCGCAGUCGACCUUUCCACCAACCUCGGUCACCAGUCCGAUUCCGACGUUGAUUCUGACGGAGACUCCGUCCAACCCGCUCACGUGAUCCAGAACUUGACGAAGAAGCAAAAGAAAUCGAACCCAAAACACGCAAUCACAGCCAUCCAACAAAGAGAUCUAGUCUCAUCCGCCUUCGCCGGAGACGACGUCGUUGCGGAAUUCGAAGCUGAAAAGACAGCAACCGUUGCCGCGGACGAAUCCAAGAUUGUCGACACUCGUCUACCAGGCUGGGGAAGUUGGACAGGAAAAGGAAUCAGGCAUAACAACAAGCCAGCCAAUCCGAAGUUCCUCAAGAAGAUCCAAGGUAUAGAUGCAGAAAAGCGAAAAGAUGCCGGAAUGGAUCGAGUGAUUAUUAGUGAAAGGAGAGAUAAGAAACAGGACAAGUUCAGGGUAAAGGAUCUGCCAUAUCCGUAUACAAGUGUGGCUCAGUAUAAGGCUGCGAUGAGCCAACCGCUGGGUAAGGAGUGGAAUACGAGAAUAGAGACGCAGAGAUUGAAUAUGCCUAGGGUUAUGAAGAAGCCUGGUGCUGUUAUUACUCCUGUCGUUAGGAAGUUCUAG